AGAUGAGGUUAUUACUUAUUCUUACAUAUUAGCAGUAACGCAUUGUGAGCGAAUGGGGUUAAGACACGACCACAAAAUUCCGACGAACACCAGAUUGCGUACGAUACGAUACAUAGAUAUGCAAAUAAAUAUAUCGAGUAUGCGGUCUCUAAAUGUGCAUUGCAUGAAACCGAAAAUUCCUGCCUUGUUGACUAAUAACCAAUAACUUGGAGGAAAAUUUUGCAAUUCAACCGUAAAUUAUAAGCACCACAAGUUGUGUACGUCUAGUCCUAUUUUAGAAUGAAUGGUUAAAAAACUAUGUAUUAAACCUGUAUUAUAAAAUGUCAACAGCAGUCAGUUCAGUCAGUCGCAUACCAUCAUUAGUUGAACUACCUCACACAAUUUUAGUCAUUUAGAAUUAUAAUGAAGUCCCAUUCAGAAUUCGGGUGGUUUCUAAACACUUCAGAAAUAAAGAUGGGAGGAUCGAGCGUCUUGGGUGAAAAUUAUGUGGCCUUUUAUAUCAUCCACGUCGUCGCCAUGUGUGUUCUCAUAACCUCCGUGAUCUCGUGUGUGGCUGUGAUAUCCUCCAUUCUGUGGGGCAUUUGGAAAGCGAGGUGUCAUGAUCAGAUGAGAAAACGAAGCCGGAUGGACUUUGCGGAUCGCUUUCCCUUCUACAUUGCCUUGGGAGAUGGUCUCUGGGGCAUUUCUCAUCUGGCUGACCACGUUUAUUUGGUCACAACACAGCACUUCCCCUACACCCAGGCUGCCACUAACCUGUUCAGCCUCAAUGUCUGGAUAUUUGGAGCUUACCAACAGUUGAUGCACGUUGGACUUGCCAUCUACACAUACCUACGCAUCGUGCGAGGAGUGGACAUCAACCUGGGGACGGCAGAGUGGAAAUUGCAUGCAACUAGUGCUGUCCUCAUCAUCAUCCCCAUUGCCAUAUUCUUCCCUCUGGACGCAUACGGCUUGUCUGGAUACUGGGUUUUCUUAAACAUCAACGCCACCGCUGGAUCGGUCUUUGGAUUUUAUAUCGCCGUGGCGGGCGCAGCUCACGCUCUGGGGACUACAAUAGCGUACCUGCAAAUUAAAGGGAUUGUGGAGCGCCAAAAGCAGGUGCUCAAAGAGCGACGCAAAAUGGUCAACAAGAAGAGCGACCGCAAUUCCACGGCAUCAGAAUGCUUGACCACAUUUGUGGCAAUUUCCGUCUUUCUCUACUGUCCGCUUCCAAUCCUGAACUUUGCCUUCGCAGUGGAAACCAUGUUUGGAGUGAUUGAACCCAUCACUGUGACCCUCACCGUGAUAGCAGCCAACAGCAGCGGGUGGGUAAAUGCACUCGGCUACUUUCACAAUUUGAGGAUAAAGGCGGCCAGAGAAAGGAGGGUGAAAGCGGAGAAAUUGACGAUGGUCACGGCCACCACGUCCAAUGGGGAGAGCAGCUCAAGGUUGUCCGUCUCCAGUUAAACCACACAAACUUUUAAAAAAUGGACAGAGUCGAAACCAAUAAAACACGCUGUUUUUUUAGCUCAA